AUGAAAUUUAGAGAGAACAUAAAUGUAUUGAUAAUCUUCAAAGAGUACUAAAUAAUAAUUAUUUUAGCAGGGUCUUUAAGAAAUGAAAUAAGGUUCUACUUUAUAGACAAUAAAUAAUUAUGCAUUUUACCAUGUCUAAUUAUAGUUGAAAAAAAAAUUACAUUUUUGUAUUUAUCAUCUUUUGUUUUUUCAUAUAUUUUCUUAUCAAAUUGUGUGUUUUCUCUAAAAGUACACAUUUCUUUUUUGAAUCAUCAAAAUUUUCAACAACAAAAAGAUAAAUAAAAUAAUAAGGAUUUGAUGCAACUGAAAAUGUUUUCUACAAUCAGUUACAUCACAACAAAAUUUAAAAUUGGAAUAGAUUCUAUUGAAAUUAAGGAUAUGAAUAAUGGAUAUUAACGUGUCUAUCCCUAUUUAUGCUUUAAAAAAUUGAAAAUUUAUUAUCAUCUAGGUAAAAUCCUAGGCAAAAUAAGCAUAAAUCAUGUGUCCCUAAAACGACCAAUAUUUAAAUUUUAAAGAUAGGCCUUAAGAGAUUAUAAUAGGAAUUCAGAUGCCUUUUUUGAUAGCUAGAUUUUGAUCAGUUAAAAAAAUUGAUAUUUUUAAGGCAAAGAAACGCAAAUAAAUUCAUUAAUUAAUUUUACAAAACCAAACAUCCUCAAUGUAUAGUUGCUCUUUUCCCUAUCCAUAGGUGUUUUGCUAUUAUCCAAUGCAAGCUUACACACCCUAUAUCAUCUAUCCUUAAUAAAUUUUAGUUCAACCCUAAGUUUAGACCAAUGAAAAUGAUGAAUCAAAGAAGAAUAGCAUUAAAAUGGUUACAAAACAACAUUUAGAAGAAACAAAACCUCCUGAGAACUAUGAGAACUAAGAUUUGGAUCUGGCAGAUGAACAUUCAGAUGGAAAUGAUGAAGAUUACAGUGCAAAAGGCUUGAAUGAGAAUCAAGAAAAAAGUUAUGCUGUCAAUUAAUUGAAUGGAUCAACAAAUAUUUAGAAAAAUUACGCAAAAGCUGUCAUCCUGUACAUUAAAUAACAAAAUGCAACUGUUAUUUCUCAAUUAGGAGAUAAAAAAGCCUCUAAGUUCUAUCGGUUAGUAAAAAAAAUGCAAAAUAAUAUCAGAAACUUAUCUCAUAUAAGCAAGUAUACACGAGAUGAAGAUUUCAUUCAACUUUUUAGAAUUUUAUGGUAAAAAUAUAAAAAUAGUAUUUAGUAAUAAGUUUUUGAGAAAAGAUUGCAUCAGUUACAUUUACAACUCAAAAAUCUAAUAGAAAACAAGCCAUUUGAAAGGCAAACAUAUUAUUAAAAAAAACCUUUUCAAAAUCUGA